AUGCAUUUCCUCCUUCCCCUCACCCUCGGCCUCCUGCCGCUCAUCAACGGUGCGCCCAGCCCCGCGCCCGCAACGACGGGACCCGUCAAGGCGCACCUAUCGCUGGACGGUAUCGGUCCCGUCUUCGUGGACGGGUCGUUGAAGCUGUGCGUGCAGAACUCGUCGGGACGCAACCUCGACGGCCUCGCGCUGGUCAAUGCGCACGGCAAGGCGUUCAACAUCGUGUGCGACCUCAACCAGCCCUACAGCUGGGCCAACCAGUGCCAUGCCGUCCCGGCCCACCAGUGCCAGGAGCGCGCGUGCCACGCCCCCGCCCCCGCCGCCGCCGAUGGCAGGAAGGGAGGGAAUGCGCAGGUUUGUUCGGCAGAGGGUAACAAGUGUCUCUACCCCAAGUACGCUGCCUUCGACCAGUACGGGUGUGUGCAGCCCUGGCGCAUCCAGAACGAUGGUCCCGUCAGGAGCGUCGCGGAGAUUCUUUCGACGCGCGGUGCCAAUGUCACGUUCGAGGGCGCCACCAGGGGCAGCAAGGGUACGACCGAGCACCACGCCUUCAACGGCGUCACGUUCACCGCCGUCAACUGA